GAGAGAGAGAGAGAGAGUGGGCACUUUUACUCGCUCACCAAACAGUACACAUCUCAAGCAGCAGACAGUGUAGCUUGAAAUAUAGCGAGAGCGUGGGUGUGCGAGCAAAUCGAUCUCUUGGUAACGGCUACUUGUGGUCGUACAGAGUUAGAAGGCUGUGAAUUUUGUUUUGGUGGCUGCUGAUACUGGAAUGGAUUACAACAAUGACAAUAGUGAGUCAUGGGACUGGCACAUAAAAGAUUAUUGUCUACAAAAGGAUCCCAAUUCCGACAUAUCUGAAUGCCUAUGGAAUGGAGUACCACAGAACAAAGAGGAUCUUUCAUACAUAUUCAAUGAAACAACUCCUGUCAAGGCUUGUGGGGAUUUGGCUUACCAUGUUGCUCAUAGUGGGAAUAUGGACAAGGAACCAGAAGAAUGUAGAGAGACUUCUUUACAAGUAAAGAGGCGCCGGAUGCUACAGUUCAACAGUCAAGCUACGGAUCCUUCCCAUUCAAGUGAAGAGAGGUCAUCUGCAUUCCUAAAAUCAAAUGAGAGGGAGGAUUCACUUGAAGAGUUUUGCCCUGAAUCGUCAUAUUGGAUUUCUGGGCCUUCAGGAAAUGCAUCUGCCUUGACUAAUGAGAGCCUGGAUCAGUCAUCUGAAGAGUGGCUUGCAGAAUGCUUUAAUGAUACCGAGAUGAAUUUCAACACUGAUGAUGUGAAUUUAUCUGGAGCAUCUGAUAUUCAGUUCAACAUUGCAGAGUUGUGUGACUUUCCACCCAAGUAUGAAGAUAAUGUGGUCCAACAGUGUGUUACUCGAACUCCUCAAAAAAUUGUUUUUAAAGGUAGGAAUUCUUUCAUACGGACUCCAACUAAGUUGGCUGCUUCUGUUGCCUAUCCAUUUGCUUUCAUUAAACCAAGUGGGGCCCACGGAGAUGUAACUUUGAAAGAAAUAAACCAGAGGAUUCGCACACCACCUCCUUCAAAAUCGAAGCAAGGUAAUGAAGAUCCUGUCAUUUCUUACCCCACUUCGGCCUUCUCUGGGAAGCCUGUAGUUGGAAAAACAAAAAUUCGCACUGAAGGAGGAAAAGGAAGCAUCACAAUUAUGAGAACCAAAGGUUGAAUGGGUAGAUGACCGCUCUUUGGAACU